GAGAAUCAUGUCCCGACUGGUUUUGAUGCUGGUGCUGCUCGUGUGUGUUGGCGCUCAGCUCUCCUGCGCCCAGCACUGGUCCCAUGGCUGGUACCCCGGUGGGAAAAGGGAGCUGGACUCCUUUGGGGCAUCAGAGAUGUCAGAGGAAAUCAAGUUGUGUGAGGCAGGAGAAUGCAGCUAUUUGAGACCGCAGAGGAGGAAUACCCUGAGAGACAUUGUUUUGGAUGUGUUAGCCAAAGAGCUCCAGAAGAGAAAGUAGAAGUGUCCCAUCACUAUUAUGCUUUUUUUUUUUACCUGCUGACUUUGUCCUCCUGUGUUAUUGACCUGCAGUAAUUCUGUUUUUUUUCCUUUUAAAUAUGUUUUCUGUGGCAAACCAAAGUGGAAGUUGUGAUAGCCCGAAAUAAAGUGUCUAUUUUGAUACUAACCUGAU